ACCAUCAAAUGGACUUUCCACUGAUAUCAUCACUCUUCCGAUCCCUCUUUCGUCGUCGUGCUUGCGCUCGUCCUAUCAAUAGCUUAACCCGCCGGAAUUACUCCCUCUUGCCGAAACUCCCAUUACCGAAGAUCACAGCCGACACCUCCGGCGAGACAUGGCAGCCGCGAACGGCAUUCCUCCAGAAGGACCGGAUGGGCGAGUUUGAAAAGUACCCCAUGGUGGAUGCACGAGAGUUAGCGAGGAGGAAGGAAAGGCCUAAGAGGGUGAAGAUGUUGGUUCGGGAUUUUAUCGAUGGUCGGCUUCUUUCUCUCUUAAAGCGCAGGACUUGGGGACCCAAAAUUGGGGGAUUUCCUUAUUUUCCUAACCGCUUCUAUCCCGGAUCAGGAUUCUAACCGAAGGGUUGGAGCGGAUCUACAGAUAGUCUCUACAAUCCCAAUUACGGCUUCUUCUCAAAAUUUGCUGUCAUCUUCUCUACCGAGAAGCCGUUCGCAUUCAAUCUGAUUCGCGACGAAAACCAGUUUCAAAGGGUCCUCGGAGAACGGUACACUAGCUUUGAAGAUAAGUUGGAUGAGGUGGAGAUGAACCCUGUGAGGCAGCUUUGGCACACGCCCACGGAGCUAUUCAAGCCUUACUAUGGGGAGGCAGUUGCCAGGUACUUGGUGGAGAAUUAUAAGCUCACGCUGUUCCCAUAUAGCGAUCUCAUAAUUUACGAGAUGGGUGCUGGGAAUGGUACCAUGAUGUCAAACAUACUGGACCACGUGCGCCAUAGAGAGCCAGACGUCUACCAACGGACAAAAUACAGGGUUAUCGAGAUCAGCGAGAACCUUGCAAGCCUCCAAAGGGCAAGGGCUGCUGCUGGGGGCCACUCGGAAAAGAUCGAGAUUGUCAACAAGAGCAUAUUUGACUGGAACACAUAUGUUUCAGAUCCAUGCUUCUUCUUAGCCCUAGAGGUGUUCGACAACUUUGCUCAUGACAUCGUCCGCUAUGACCCCCAAACAGAGCAGCCAUUGCAGGGAAUCGUCUUGAUCGACGCUGCGGGUGAAUUUAUCGAGUUUUACACGCCAAAACUAGACCCCACCGCCGAGCGGUACCUAAGAAUUCGACAAAAGGUGGCAAGACCGGGCUACAGUCAUCCAUUAAAAGGACCAAAGCUCCUCCGAAGAUUGAGAGACCAACUCACACCGUUCCCAGAAAACCUAACAACACCGGAGUACAUCCCCACUAAGAUGCUCGGAUUCUUUGACAUCCUUCGAGAACAGUUUCCCGCGCACCGAUUGGUCGUCAGUGACUUUCAUGCGCUUCCGGAUGCUAUCAAAGGGAUUAAUGCGCCGGUUGUGCAAACCAGGUACAACCGAACCAGUAUUCCCGUUACUACCCCAUUUGUACGUGCCUUACAUAUCGUCCUGCAGGUAUCCAUGGAGAUGGGACUAAUGAAGAUGUGACAUAUACAGGUGCAGCAAGGAUUAUUUGAUAUACUGUUCCCUACAGAUUUCGAAGUCAUGGAUGAUAUGUAUAAGGCUAUGACGGGAAAGCUUACACGGGUAAUGAAGCAGGAGGACUUUUUAAGGAGUUGGGCGUAUUUGGAGGAGACGGAGACUAUUAAUGGGGAUAAUCCGAUGCUAAACUGGUAUAAGAACGCCAGUGUUCUGAGCUCGGUUUAGAAUUGGAGGCUAUGUAUUAUAUCAGGAUAUGACACAGUUUUUUGUGUGCAUAAAUAACUAGAUAGCGUCGGGUCCACAUUGAGCUCUUGCUGCUUUUCGAGGGUGUUUCCCAAGAGAUUGGGGUAUCUGUACCGAGCAAAAAGGUGCUAUGUGCUACGUACGACAGCAUGCCAAUUCGCCCCUCAAUCAUGUAUCAUACCUUAGAGUGAUGUUGGGGUCCAGACUAAAUAUGUACAUUAGGUCCAAUUCCUGAGCUCCUAGGAGGCUUUCACCGUCCCCCAUCCAUUAUCCACAAGUUACUCAAA